AUGGGUAGAGGUCACCAAUAUCUGGUAGACUGGGAGGGUUAUGGUCUGGAGGAGAGAUGCUGGAUUCUGGCUUGCAAUAUUCUGGAUCGCGCUCUCAUCGAUCAGUUUAAUCAGCAUCAUGAGAAUGUGGCAUUAAAAGGGACAGCUGUACAGUCAUCCACAUAUUCCACUUGGGGAGCUGCAAACGCCAUCGACGGCAUCAGAUACGCUCCAUUUCCAGGCUCAACCUGCUCCCACACAGGUAACGAGCUCAGCCCGUGGUGGAGGCUGGACCUGCUGGAUUCUUACUACAUUUACAAAGUGACAGUCACCAACAGAGGCGACUGCUGUCCGGAGCGAACGACUGGAGUAGAGAUCCGCAUCGGAAACUCUCUGGAAAACAAUGGCAACAACAAUCCCAGAUGUGGUGUCACUUCAUCUUUCCCAGUAGGCAGUUCUGUCAGUUUCUCUUGCGGGGGAAUGGAAGGUCGUUAUGUGAACAUGUACAUUCCUAACAUCCAGGCGGUUCUCUCGCUGUGUGAGGUGGAGGUUUAUGCAACAGCCAAGAAGCAGGUGAUCCGAGUGCAGGUGAAAGCUGCUGAGAAUGAGGAAGAAGCUGAACUGAAGGAGCUUGUCUUAAACAAGUUAAAUCAGACGCUGAGCGAUCAGGACGUCAUACUGACAUGGAGGACGCAACCCAACGGGAAAGUCUUCCAGAAGAACAGGACUGUAUUGAAACAAUCUCCUGUUUGUUCUUCUUUGAAGUGA